CAAUUGUCGUGAUGAAUUGCAUAGGUGGCCGCUUGUCGAGGUUACCUUGCGCAGGCAUAAAUGCCACGAGACGACUCUCGACCACUCCAAGACUCAGCAGACCAGACAACAGGCUCAAGACACAAAAGGUCACAGAUGGCGAGGUCGCUCGACUGGCUGGCAGGCCCUUGCAUCCGCUGACACUAGCAGAUCUAGCCAAGNNUAAGUCGAAUAGCUGGCAGACUACUACUAGGUUCGGACGACCACCUCUCACAGCCGACCAGUUGCUUGACUCGGCCAACUUCACCCUGUCCAUCCUGCCCUCACGCCUCGCCCAUCGCAUUCAAUCUCUUCGCAACCUACCUUUUAUCGUUGUCUCGAAUCCAAAUGUCUCCAAAAUUCAUAACAACUAUGUCCACUCCUUAUCAACCCUCCUACCCUAUGCCUCGAAGGAGAUCAAGACGCUAGAAGAAGAGAUCCAGUUUACAAGUGUCAUGGCCGAUCUGGUCCAGACACAUUCCAACACCAUUUCUAUUCUCGCUCGAGGCUUCCUCGAAGCGAGAAAGUAUAUCAGCCCGAACGAGGUCACAAAAUUUCUUGACGAGCAUCUCCGCGCGAGAAUAGGCACUCGACUGAUUGCCGAGCAACACAUUGCCCUGCAUUUCUCAUCCAAACCUCAUCUCGAACUCUCAGAACAAAAGACUCAUGUCGACUCGUCAUAUAUCGGUGUCAUUGACACAAAGCUGAGGCCCGUUGAUAUCAUCAGACAUUGUGAAGGCCUUGUUGGUGACAUCUGCGAGUACAAGUAUGGCGUCCGACCCAGCGUUGUCAUUCGUGGCGAGCCAGAGACCACUCUGGCGCAUAUUCCCAUGCAUCUAGAAUACAUCAUCACCGAGCUUCUCAAGAAUGCUUUCCGAGCGACCAUUGANAAAGAAAACGAGCGACACCCAAUCGAAAUUACAAUCGCUCCUGCGCCAGAGGAAAUCAAGGGCAAACACAAUGGCAUCACCAAUCACGACCAAGGCAGCGUUGAUGCAGCGUCAGGAGCCCAGCGACCUGCCAAUGCCGCAUCAGCAAACAUUCGUCCAUUGGACAAGUCCACUCCAGGCGUCACAAUCCGCAUUCGAGACCGAGGAGGUGGUAUACCNCCCGCUGCUUAUGCGAAGUUGUGGGAAUUCGGCUUUACCACUUUCAACGAGCAGGAGAUCGUUGACAUUACUAGUGGAGGCACUAAUGACGGCGAUGGCUUGAACGCCCUCUCGAAUGCUGGUGGUAACGAAAACAGCCUGGCGGGAUUAGGUUAUGGCCUGAAACUAGGCAGAGCAUAUGCCGAGUAUUUCGGAGGCGGCAUCAGAGUUCAGAGCUUACUAGGCUGGGGCACUGAUGUCUACCUUAGCUUGCGUGGUGUAGGGAACAUCGAC